AUGAAUGGAGAUCUGAUCGCCCAACCAUCAAGUCUCAAACCUCAGCAACGAAUAUGUUGGAGAUACUGUACUGAACCCGAAUUCCAACCUCUUUCUGAAGUCGAGCAAGAGACCUGUUUAAACUUAAUUGCCCUGGGCAGAACAGGUGAUGGUAAAUCAAGCUUAUUAAACGAUUUGAUGGGAUCACAAGUGUUCAAACAAAAGAUAUCAGCCAAGUCUCAAACAAAAGAUAUUCAAAGCAGUCAAGGAUUUUGGGCUCCUCUUCAUCGCUACAUGCAUCACAGGGAGAAGUUUGGCUGCCAAAUUAAUGUGAUUGAUACACCAGGUUUUGGAGAUUCUCAAAACAGGGAUGAAGCAUUCUUCAAGAUCAUUCAAGAAGCCUUGGUAGAUACUGCUUUGCAUAGUGGUAUUCACUGUAUCUUGAUGGUAUUCAAAAUAACCACUUCGUAA